AUGUCAGCGCAGAAGUGGUCUUCAUUACCCCCUCCUGGGGGAUACGGGCUCCCUCCGUUGGCGGAAACUUCGGACGUUGUCGCCGUGGCCCAUGCUUUCAAAAUUCUAAACGCAGAUGACCUGGCGGUUGCAGGCUUUGCGAGAUCGACAUUGGAAAACGUCGUCCGCUUGAAAAUGCGGUGGACGCCUAACGAGGAGGACAUCGCCUGA